AUGAGGAACCCUUUCCAGCCAGCAAAGGAAACGGACGAGGAAACUCGGCCUGAUGGUCGCUGUCAGGGUCAAGGCACGCCAGAGAAUCCCUACGUCGUUGAGUUUCUGCAUCAGGAUCCUCGCAAUCCCAUGAACUUUCCCGUCUGGCGCAAAUGGAUGAUCACCUCCUCAGCCUACUCGGCCUCGGCCGGUCAGAUCACCAAAGAGUUACAUGCCAGCAGUGAGCUGUUCCAAGCAGGCGUCGCCCUUUUUGUCCUUGGAUUUGCAAUCGGGCCGGCGUUGUGGGCGCCGUUGUCCGAGCUGUAUGGGCGACAGACUGUCGUUCGGCGCAUCACCUCUGACCAAUGCUGGCGGGGUCAUCGCGGACUUGUUCCCCAUAUCUCAGCGUGGUUUGCCUCGCAAAUCCUCGCUACAGCACCUUUCAUGGGUCCUAUCCUUGGUCCCAUCAUCGGUGGCUUCGUAACCAUCACAGUCGGUUGGCGGUGGGUACAAGGAGUCUGCUGUAUAUUUAUCGGAGUGGUGUGGAUCAUUGGAAUCGUCCUUCUGCCAGAGACCUACGGCCCUGUCUUGUUGCGCAGAAGAGCUCGCCAUCUAUCAAGGAGGACGGGGAGACGAUACAUCAGUGUCCUCGAAAAGAGUCAGGCGGGUGUUCGUGUGCAGGAGCUCUUUGCCAAAACGGUCAAACGACCAAACACUGGGGGUUGGAACCCAGGAGUCGGCAGCCUGCCGUUUCUCGGUCUGGCUGUCGGCAUGCUUCUGGGUCUGGUCUAUACUAUCGUCGACGAUAAGCGCCGGUACCAAAAGCUCGGGUACAAGGCUACCCCAGAGUCUCGCCUUCCCCCGGCCAUGGUGGGAGCAGUCGCACUCCCAGUGGGGAUGUUUGCCUUUGCAUGGACUAAUUCACCCAGCAUACACUGGUCCGCCAGCGUUAUCCUCAGCGCCCCCUUUGGCUUUGGAACUGUGCUGGUCUUCAUUGCCAUCCUUGUCUAUCUACUGGAUGCGUACACCAUCUACGCUGCUUCCGUACUGGCGGCCAGCGCAAUGCUGAGGGCGUUCGUGGGAGCUGCCUUUCCCUUGUUUACGACUGCCAUGUUCAACAAUCUGGGAAUCCAUUGGGCGUCCUCGAUUCCGGCAUUCUUGACCGUGGCGUGUCUGCCGUUUCCUUUUGUCAUGUACCGCUUUGGGGCCAAGGUUCGCAUGAAGUGUAAAUACGCUCACGAGGCGGCACUGUUGAUGGCCCAUAUGCAGGCAAAGAGCAGUAACGCAUCACAGGAAGAGCCCAAGGACGAGGAGACCGCAGACUGA